CAGAAAGCAUAGCCUCCAGAACUCUGUCGGUUCACUUGAUCGGAUAACAUUCGUUUGGAGUUUUCCCCGAUCAUGACUCGGGCUUCUUUUCCCGUGUUUGUGUUGCUGGUGUUUGCGCUCCAAGCUCUUGCUGUAGAGAGUCACAACUCUGGAUACAGUUUGGUAAGAAAAAGAAGAGAAUGGGUUUUUCCUCCAAAGCUUCUUAUGGAAAAUGUAGAUUACACCAAAGAGAAGAAGAUUGCUAAGAUUCGAUCCGAUUAUCAAGUUGGCUCAAAUCUUCGUUACUCCCUGGAAGGUGUUGGGGCAAACCAAUAUCCUUUCCAUGUCUUUGUGGUUGACGCCAAUACUGGUGAUGUUCGUGUCACUAAAUUGCUUGACAGGGAAGUGAUCGAUACUUACAACUUGUCUGGUGUUGCUGUGUACAAUAAUGGCACAAUUGCAGAACACAAAACUGACUUACGAAUCAAGGUUGUAGAUGUGAAUGAUAACUCUCCAGUAUUUCCAGAUGUUGAUCCUGCUGUAGUGGAUGAGCUCAGUCCUACAGGUACCUUCGUUACCACAGUCACUGCAUUUGAUGCUGAUGAACCAGGAAAUGAAAAUUCUCAGAUUGCUUAUAGCAUCAUAGCUCAGAAUCCAGCGGAUGAAAUGUUCUACAUAGACAGAAAAAAUGGAUCCAUCUUUGUUAAAAGGCCUGUUCUGGACAGAGAGACAUGUAGUAAGUACAUUCUGACGAUACAAGGUCAAGAUCUAAAUGGAGAUCCAGAGGGAAACACUGGAACUACCACUAUUAUCAUAAAUAUCCUUGAUGUGAAUGAUAAUUCUCCCACAUUGGAAAAAGAGCAGUAUGAAGGAAGCAUUGAGGGGAACACACAAGGUGUGGAGGUAAUGAGAAUCAAAGCAGAGGACAUGGAUCUAAAAGGCACAGACAACUGGGAAGCUGUGUUUGACAUUGUCAAAGGCAAUGAGGCUGGGUAUUUCAGCAUUAAAACAGACCCCAACACCAAUGAAGGCAUCUUAAUGCUUGACAAGGCUGUGGAUUAUGAGGAUGUAAAGAACCUUGAACUAGGCUUAGCCGUCAGGAACAAGAAUCCAUUAGUUGGAAGUGGAGGCGGUGCAGCAAGUGCAGCAUUUGGAACAAGUGGUGGAGGCAGUGGUGGUGGUGGUGGAGGCGGUGGUACCAGUGGAGCAAGUGGCGGAAGCGGUGGAAGAUUUAAAACUUAUCCUAUCAAAAUCAAUGUGAAGAACCAGCCUGAGGGGCCACGUUUCAAUCCUAAAGUCAAAGCUAUUCCCGUCUCAGGAGGGGGGGGAUCCUUUAACAUUAAAAAUGUUAUUGCAAGCUACCCUGCAAUGGAUGGGGAUACUGGACAACCAGCUAAGGCAGUCAAAUAUGCCAAAGGCUCAGACCCUGACAACUGGCUAACUAUUGACCCAGAGACAGCUGAGAUCAAACUGAACAAGAUGCCUGACAGGGAAUCUCCAUACCUGGUCAAUGGGACAUAUACUGCCAAAAUACUCUGCAUUUCAGAUGACAUGCCUGGCAAAACAGCCACUGGUACGAUAGCCAUCCAAGUGGAAGAUUCUAAUGACCACUGCCCCACCCUGACCAGCAACUUCCAGACUCUGUGCACCACAGCAAAUGCUGUAAUUGUGAAUGCUAAUGAUAAAGACGCAUAUCCUAAUGGCCCCCCUUUUCAGUUUGAGAUCAUCCCAGAAAACACAAAAGGGAAAUGGAACAUGGAGCAUCUAAAUGACACUGCAGCUAUCUUGCGGUCUCAGGAGGCUUUUUGGCCUGGUGUUUAUGAAGUGGAAUUUGUGGUGAAGGAUCAGCAGGGACACGCCUGCCCUGAACCUCAGAGAAUGACGGUCCAAGUUUGCACCUGCGAGGAUGGAGUUGUGUGUGGAAAGCGAGGCAGCAAUGUUCGUGCUAGCAAAACAACAUCAUUAGGACCUGCGGCCAUUGGGCCAAUACUAGCGGGCCUACUACUGCUCUUAAUCAUUCCUCUGCUAUUGUUCUUCUGCCUAUGUGGAUCAGCUAAACCGUUUCCAGACCUCUUUAGUGACAUGCCUGACUGUGAGACCAAGUCACACCUUAUUAACUACCACACCGAAGGGCCGGGAGAAAAUACGGAAGUGCCUCUACUGAAUUCACUCCAAGAAGUGGAUAGGAAUCCCCUCCUUGUGAUUACUGGCACAGUUAAAAAUGUAGCAGCACCAGCAGGAAGUUUUUUGGAUUACGAGGCAUCUGUCACUAACAUUAAUGGGAUGAAAUGGGGCACCUAUCAAGAUGGUUUUUCAACUGACUACGGACAAGAAAUGAGGGGUUUCACUGAUUUCCAUUCUGAGUUUGAGACCAGAGAAUCAAGUCAAGGUGGACUUUUUGAUAGCAUGGCCCUGCCACAUUACUUCCUGGCACAGUAUUACUCUCAGAAGACAGCCAGUGGAGAUGACAACCUUGGCGUGAAGGACGGUUUGUUGGUGUAUGAUUAUGAGGGCCAAGGGUCCUCUGCUGGCUCAGUAGGCUGCAGCAGCAUUUUGGAGUCAGACAAUGACCUUCAGUUUCUCGAUGACCUCGGACCAAAUUUCAAGACUCUCGCAGAGGUGUGCAGAGGCAAGACAAUGUCUUGUGAUGACAAACAAGUGCUACCCCCUACCCCUAAUGCCUACAUCAAUAUUCAAACCUCAGUAUCAAGUUCGAUGAGUGCACAAAAGCUCUCCCCUCCACCCAAACUGGAGCCUGCCAUCUCCAAAGUGGAGCAGAGUGUGGUCAUGAAGACAACUGAGCAUUCUGAAAUUGUAAAGGAAAGUACAGCCAAGGUGAAGGAAGAGAUGAACACAGUGAAAGCAGGGUUGGCAAAUCAAGGCCAGAUGCUCCUAAUGCAGCAGCAGCAGCCUGUGUACUACACCACCACUCCUGUGUUGCAGCCAAUACAUUAUGUAGUCCAGCCACAGGUCCACAACACUGUGCUGCUGGCUGAGGCGCCAACCACCAACCUUCAAGGCAUGGUGCUGGUUAACAACCCACAGACUGGACCUGCCCAAGGAGUAUUCGUUCAAGGGCAGACACUAAUGUCCAGUGGACAAGCCCAGGGCCCUGGAAUGGUGCUGGUGGAGAAUGGUGACACCCAUAGUUGGAGUGAUGGCCUGAUCCAAGCUGGGAGCUUGUCUGGGUCCCAGACCAUGAUGGUUGUCAAAGGCAAGGCCCCUUCAGGGUCAAUGAAAGUGCUAAAGGGGAGCCAGGGUCUUCUUGUUCAGGGAAGUACUCUACUGUCAGAAGGGGUCUCAGGAUCUAAGAAAGUGCUGACAGUUGGCAUGCCAACUAUCAGCAACAAGCAGCUGGUUCAAGAGGGAGGUCUUUCAAAGAAGAGUGAGGUCUUUGGCUCUGAAAAGGUCAUCUACAGCAGGAGCAGCCAAUCUACUGCCUUAAAGGCAAAUCAGUAGAGCAUUCACUAUAGUGACCCACCUACUGGUUUUAAAAGUGACAAGAGAAAAUCAUUAAAUGGCAGAUGAAUUCCUGGACAACUGAUGGCCUUUUUUAGUUUCAAAAUAGUAUAUUAAUCUUGUGCUUUCAGUAUUUUCAUGGGAAGCCUGUAAGAGCAAAUGGUGGUGGUGAAGGGUGGUGGCGCGUGUGCGUGUGUGUGGAGGGAAAUGCAGCUUGUGCAGCUUUUCCUGGUUGAAAUAUAAUCAUUUCACAGGUUAAAGGAUACCCUUAUUUCAUUUUAGUAGAUGUUGCACCUUGAAAUGUUGCUACUAUCAAGCAAAACUGGUCAGUUGCACUUAGACCUGUGGGAAUAAUCAAACCAUUCAGUAAUCCAUAAUCUCCUUUGGAUGGUGCAUUUAUGUCAUCGAAGAGACUACUUUCAUAUUACUCAUCACAUCAUAAAGCUGAUAAAUCAGAAUGUGGUUUUGAUUUGGAAUGAACUUUGCCUCUAAGAAGACAAGUGGACCCAAACCAUGACAACAAAAUACUCCCUACAAUAUCAGGAAAUCAUCUUAUCAUGUAACUAUCAACUUUACCUGAUCUUCUCUGUUCUCAAGUUAACAGUGCAUUAUGUGUGUGGGUAUAAUUGAUAUCAACUGUUAUAUUCUCAUGUUAUAUUUUAGGUCAUCACUGCUCUCAUUGUCUUGUUUUAUUUUCAUACAAUCUGUGCAUUUUUACACUAAUGAAAGAAAAACAUUAAAAUCUUUUAGCUCAAUGAAUUUGAUUGUUAUUGCUCAGCCUAGACUGAUGGGUACUGCAGCAUGGACAACCCAAUUUUGUGAACACAAUAACUCAAGAAUGACGUGAUGUAGCAUUUAGAAGUUCAUACCAUAGGUGCGUCUACUAAAUGUUACUUACAAUUUUCAAAUUGAUACCAUAGGCAUAACUACUAACAGUGAACUUGAAUAAUUUGGUGACCUUGACCUAUCAAAGGUCAAAUAGACCUUUGACAGAUACAAUCAUGUGUGGUCAUAUAUACCAUCAUGCCAAUGCAGGCAACAAGACACUGUGAUUAAGAGAGCUUUCAAACAUUCAUGUAAGGCUUAAUAAAAUAGGUUUGCUUCUGGUGAUAUAGGUAUUUCCGGGCUGACCCCCCAGUCAGAGAAUUAUUUUUAAAUUUUGGGGGUUUUAUAUUACAUUGAUAAGGAUUUGUGUCUGCGUUGAUAUAUAAUAUCUGGGGUGUUAUGUGAUUGUGAAGAAUAUUUUUGCCAAUAAAAACAUAUAAAAUUCUAAA